AUGGGAAUUGAGACAGUAGACCGCAACGAUCUGUUGUUGUUCGACCAGACAUAUUCGGAGCGACUAAGUCUCCGAGAGUCCCUUCUCCGACAACAUUUUGAUGAUAUCGUGGGAAUCACGAAUGAAUCGGACGGAAGGGUUCGGCUUGCAGUGCAAGAGCUAUACGAUUACUUGUUUGAGACUUAUCUUCCCGUGCGCUAUCCGUCCAUCUUCAAGGCCUGCGAGGACAAACAUAGCUCAGGCGCUAUGCUACAGAACUUGGUCACACGGCAAACUCUGCCGAUGACCAUGACAGAUUCAACUCCUCUGCAUGUCGCCUUGAAAGCUAUCGCGCAGAACGUCGACGAAGAUUUUUUCAUUCUCCUACCUCGGAAGCAAGGCGACAGCAAUGAAGAUUUUUAUGUUCUGGAAGCGUAUGCUGCAUGCUUCCCAUCCGGAUUCCAGCCGAAGGACAAAGUCGGCAAGAAGCUAGCGGAUAUUCAUGGCCCGGUGCCUGGGUAUAAGGAAAAAUUGCAGAAAAGCAUGGACAGAUUCUUUGCUCGGCUUGAACCCGGUCGCUACGUGAAACGUGUCAAUUGGGGUCUUACUGUAGACGAGGAGCUUUACUCCAAUUUCGAUAAGAGUGCGCCAGCAUUCGAAGGAAAAUUGAAGAAGCUAUCCUUGGAAGACCUGGAUCUGAAUAAGACAUUCCUGCGCUGUGAGCGCCAAACUCUCCACCGUCUCCCAGGCUCCGGAGCCAUUGUCUUUGGUUUUCACACUUAUCUCUACCCAGUUCAGGAUAUCAAAGCUGAGGGCAGUGGCGAAGAUCUUGCUCGUGCUAUAGAUGGGCUUGAGAAUGGAAGUGUUCGUGAGAUGUUCACGUACAAGAACGGGGAGAAAUGGGCGGAUGCUGUGAGAGAGUAUCUACGAAGUUAG